GCCCUGCGCGGGCGCCAUGGCGGGCGCGCUGGCCCGCAAGGCCGCGGACUAUGUGCGCAGCAAGGACUUCCGGGACUACCUCAUGAGCACACACUUCUGGGGGCCAGUGGCGAACUGGGGACUUCCUAUUGCUGCUUUUAAUGAUAUGAAGAAAUCUCCAGAAAUCAUUAGCGGCCGAAUGACAUUUGCACUGUGUUGUUACUCCUUGACUUUCAUGAGAUUUGCCUACAAAGUACAGCCAAGAAACUGGCUUCUCUUUGCAUGCCACUUUACUAAUGAAAUUGCACAACUUAUUCAAGGAGGACGACUGAUCAAACACAGGCUGGAGAAAAAGAACUAAGUAUCUCUUAACUUGAAAUACAGCUGGAAGCCUGUUCAUCCUGAAUUGCAACUAAGGAAGACUUGCCAUCUACAGUUGCUGUGAUGAUUACAGUGGGGUUAAAAUUGAAACACCAUUAUGAAUGAUCCCUCUCCCCUAAAU